AUGGAAUUACUUAAUCCAUCCGAGAAAAUAUUACUUAAAACAUAUUCUUAAAUGAGUCAAUCAGAUAUUGAAAAGACUAAAUAACUCACUCAAUAUUAAGAAGCGAUGAUUAUAGCAUAAGGGAUAGGAAGUGUAAUUGUAUUAAUUUCUGGAAAUUUUGAAAUUUUUGUUGAAAUCUUAGACAACUUACAGUAUCAAUCUUAUUUAAAAUACAUCAAUAUUAUAUAUCCUGAAAACCUAUACCUUUUUUUUGAAUCAACUAAUUUAAUAAGUAUUAUUCCAAUUUUAGAUUAUUUAUAAAUUAAUGGAUUUUAUUAAAGAUUUCUGUAUUUAGAAUUUAUUGAGUCUUAUGCUAAAUUAAAAUUUUAUAAUUUAAAUGCCCAUUUAAUCACUAAUUUAUAAUUCUUUUUCAUUUAAAUAAUUUCAACUUUUAUAUUUGUAAAAACAAUACAAACGAUUUCCAAAAUCAGCUUUAAAUUAAUCUAUAAAAUUUAAACAUAACAUUUUUUAAUUUUUAAGCUAAGGAGUCUUAAAUCAAAAUUCCUUAUAAAAAUACUCUAUUGGAUUUAUAAUUUUUUUCAUUACAUCUUGACUUUUUUGUAUGAAUUCAAUUAAAAUGGUGCAAAGGAUUUGUUGCUUGCAAAUUCAUGGGAUUUAUUAUUUAAAACAUUUUNUAUAAGUUGUAUUAGAUCAGAUAUAAAUGAAAAUCAGAUUUCUGAUGUUACUUAUUGUGAUGAUUAUGACAUUACAUAUAAUCUUGAAAUAUCUGGAAUUAAAUAGUAAAAUAUAGUAUUUUAAUGUCCCUAAUAUUGUGAAAUUUGUGAAUACGGAAAAUGUAAAAAAUGUUUGGUUGAUUAUUUUCUAUUAAAUAAUUUAUGUAUUACUUAAAUUACAAAAGGAGCACUUUUAUUUAAAGAUGAACUACAAUUGAGUCUAAUUGAAAUUGGAUGCUAUAAAUGUAAUGAUAGCUGUCAAAUUUAAUGUCUAUAGUGUUUAAAUUCUUAAUGCUUAUAUUGUAUUGAUGGUUGGUCACUUAUGAAUGGGAUAUGCUUAUAGAUUUGUGGAGAUAAUUAAAUAGCAAUUUGGUCUUAUGAACAAUGUGAUACAAAUUUAAAUGAUUGUUUGAAUUGUAAGUUUUUAUGUCCAGAAAAUUGUUAAUAUUGCAAAAAUCCUUAAACAUGUUUGAUUUGUGAUUAACCAUAUAUUGAGAUAAAUUAUUAAUGUUAAUUAACAUGUAGAUAUGGAUGUAAGAAAUGUAUUAAUGGUAUUUGUUAUGAUAACUGUCCAAAUGGAGAAAUGAAUAUUGAUGGUAUUUGUUAUUCAAUUUGUGGUGAUGGAAUAAAAUAAUAAAAAGAGUAAUGUGAUGAUGGAAAUAAAAUAUAAUUUGAUGGAUGCUUUAAUUGUGAAUUUUCAUGUCCUCAAUAUUGUGAAAAUUGUUUUGAAGGAAUUUGUAUUGAGUGUUAGCAAUACUUUAAAUUAAUUAAUAAUGCAUGUUAUGAUGACUGUGGUAGUGGAAUCAAAUCUUAUGAUGAAUAAUGUGAUGAUGGCAAUCUUGUUGAUGUUGAUGGUUGUACUUCUAAUUGUAAGAUUGAAGUUAAUUAUAAGUGUCAAGAUAAAGCUAAUAGUUAUUCUGAUUGCCAAUAUUCUUAAUCUCCUUAAAUGCUAAUCAAAUUUUUAAAUCAAACUUAUAAUAAAUAUUAUCUUGAAAUUGUAUUCUCAUAAGCAAUCUAAUUUAGAAAUAAUUAUGUUUUGGAAUCUCUUUUUAAUUUUAGUAUUGAUGAAGCACUCUAUGAAGAUUAUUAAAUAAAAUUAGAAUCAAACUAUGAACCAGUAAUUAAUUAACUUCUAAACUUUUCAUUUCAAAUAUAAAUUGAACUCUUAAUCUCUACUAAUAGUAGCCUAGUUUAGUUUAAUGUAGUAAUUAUGAAUGAAGUAUAUAAUUCAAAUGAAAUGGAAUUACUUAAUCCAUCCGAGAAAAUAUUACUUAAAACAUAUUCUUAAAUGAGUCAAUCAGAUAUUGAAAAGACUAUAUAACAUAAGGGAUAGGAAGUGUAAUUGUAUUAAUUUCUGGAAAUUUUGAAAUUAUUGUUGAAAAAAGUAUCAAUCUUAUCUAAACUACAUUACUAUAAUAUAUCCUGA